GUUUGGUGUAGUAGUGAGUUAGUGACUCAAAAGAAGACAGAAAAAUAAAAAGCUACCUUAAGGCCUUCACACUCCAUCCCGUUCCCGGGUUUCCAACGUCUCCCUUGAUCUCGCUCUUCAACAGUCUUAACUGAGCUGAAGGUGCAGUCCAACUGUAUUUAUAGGGUCUUAUACAAUCGUUUUCAAUCCCAGAAAAAGGAGAAACAGAACCAGAACCAGAAUCAGAAGAAGAAGAAGAAGAAGAAGAAGAAGAAAGGUUUUACGGGCAAACAUUCAAAGUUGCCGUUGACGUCAAGGAUGUUGGUUUCUAGAAACUUUCAUUACUCAGCUGUCGUCGGAGACGACGGUCGACGACGAGCUGCUCAACUGAUUCUUUGCCACACGGCAAUUACUAUACUAUACUAUACUGCUUGCAACCGAUAGUGCUUACGAGAAUGUGAGUGUGAGUGGAGGAAUAGUUUGUGGUAUUGGUGGAGUUGAGGGAUGGGUUGCAUUGUUUGUAAGAGAGCAGCCGGAGAUGACCGGAAGCGACCCGGAGUAUCAGAAGACCGUCAAUUCAAGGCUGAAGAACAACCUUCCGAUGCCACUGUUAACGGCUCUAGGGUUGGAAAGGAAGGUGUACGAAGGGAGAGAGAGAGGGUCCACCGCCACCGGACCGGAGAUUUUGCUCCGCCACCGCAGCAGCCGGAGCGGCGUCAGAGUAAGACUAAUCCUAAACCGAAGCCGAAGCCGAAGCCGAAGCCAGAGCAAAAGCUGAGUCCGAAUCCGAAUCCGGCUCCGGCUCUGAGAAGUCAGCAAGCGUGGCCCUCUUGGCUCUCUGCCGUCGCCGGCGAGGCCAUCGACGGUUGGACCCCUCGACGAGCGGAUACGUUCGAGAAGAUCGAUAAGAUUGGGCAAGGAACUUAUAGCAAUGUAUAUAAAGCAAGAGACCUCAUUUCCGGGAAGAUCGUCGCUUUGAAGAAAGUAAGGUUUGAUAAUGUGGAGCCAGAGAGCGUCAAAUUCAUGGCCAGAGAGAUUCUCAUUCUGAGAAGGCUUGAGCAUCCCAAUGUCAUUAAGUUGGAAGGUCUGGUUACUUCGAGGAUGUCUUGCAGUCUCUACUUGGUUUUCGAAUAUAUGGAACAUGAUCUUGCGGGGCUAGCAGCUUGCCCUGGGAUCAAAUUCACGGAGCCACAGGUCAAAUGCUAUAUGAAACAAUUAUUAUCUGGUCUUGAGCAUUGUCACAAUCAAGGUGUCUUGCAUCGUGAUAUCAAGGGUUCAAAUCUACUUCUUGACAAUGAAGGAAUACUCAAGUUAGCUGAUUUUGGACUGGCUGCGUUUUUUGAUCUGGACCAUCGGCAACCAAUGACUAAUCGAGUUGUUACCCUUUGGUACCGACCCCCUGAGCUUCUUCUAGGAGCGACUUAUUAUGGUGUUGGUGUUGAUCUUUGGAGUGCUGGCUGCAUUUUGGCCGAAUUACUUGCUGGGAAGCCAAUAAUGCCAGGACGGACGGAGGUGGAACAGCUGCAUAAGAUUUUUAAGUUAUGUGGCUCUCCAUCAGAGGAAUAUUGGAAGAAAUCCAAGCUGCCACAUGCAACUAUUUUUAAGCCACAACAACCAUAUCAACGGUGUUUAGCUGAAACUUUUAAAGAUUUUCAGCCUUCUGCAUUAUCUCUGAUCGAAACUCUUCUUUCGACUGAUCCAGAUGAACGGGGCACUGCCACUGCUGCUCUGAAUAGUGAUGUGAGUGGUCCAAAUUCCUUGUUCUUCACCACAGAACCUUAUGCUUGCGAACCAUCAAUCUUACCAAAGUAUCCUCCAACCAAAGAAAUGGAUAUGAAAUUAAGGGAUGAAGCAGCCAGAAGGCAAAGAGGACUGAAGGGGAAAGCAAAUGCCGCUGGUGGGGCAAAGAGAGUUCGAGUUCGUGAUCGGGGUGGCCGAGCAGUACCAGCACCAGAAGCAAAUGCUGAGCUUCAAGUGAACUUGGAUAGGAGGAGGUUCAUAGUACAACCAAAUGCUAAGAGCAAGAGCGAGAAAUUUCCGCCUCCUCAUCAAGACGGAGCUGUUGGGUACCCAUUGGACAAAUCGCAUGAUGCAACAGUAUCAUUUUUUGCUCAUGAUACUUCAUUUGCCUCGUCUGUUUUUGACCCAAAGGCCGCCUGUGUACCAUUUUCAGGCCCUUGGAGAAAAGCUGAGAUUGCUGGGAUACCUUUUCGCAGGAAAACCAAGGAGCCCCAGGUUACUCCUAUGGAUCUUAGGAGUAAGGGUAAAGAGCAAGUGUCAGAAGUUUUUGGUGGUGGAAAAUAGGAGGAAGUAAGAGCAUUGUUUUGGUAAUCUUUUUUUGGGCAAACGGUUUUCUAUAUAGUUAUUGCACAAAGGGAUAUAUUUAGCCAAUUCCAAAA